CACCGGCGAGUCCGGGGGAGGGCGCGGGGGCGGCGGGGCGGGCAUGGGGGCCCCCGGGACCGGCCGCUGAGCGAGCGAGCGCGCCGGCGUGCGGCGGGAAGGCCAGCCUCGCGGUUCCUCCGGGAGCCCAACUCCGUUCCCGCGCCGCCACGAUGAUCCCCCCGAGCGGCGCCCGCGAGGACGGCGUGGACGGGCUGCCCAAGGAGGCGCCGAGCGCCGAGCAGCCGCCCUCUCCGGCAUCCACCGGCAGCCAGGAAUCCAAGCUCCAGAAACUAAAACGAUCACUUUCUUUCAAGACCAAGAGUUUACGGAGCAAAAGCGCCGACAACUUCUUCCAGCGAACCAACAGCGACGUGAAGCUGCAGGGGGACAUGCUGGCCGAGGUCAGCCCCAGCUCCAGCCCGCUCCCUGCACCCGGAAGCCUGACAUCCACACCCACCAGGGCCGCCCUGCACCCCGGGGCUGGCGGCAAGGCCCACGCCUUUCAGGAGCACAUCUUCAAGAAGCCCACCUUCUGCGAUGUGUGCAACCACAUGAUCGUGGGAGCAAACGCUAAGCAUGGGCUGCGCUGCAAGGCCUGUAAGAUGAGCCUCCACCACAAGUGCAUGGAUGGCCUAGCACCCCAGCGGUGCAUGGGCAAGCUGCCAAAAGGGUUUCGGCGUUACUACAGCUCCCCUUUGCUCAUUCAUGAACAGUUUGGAUGCAUUAAAGAAGUUAUGCCCAUCGCCUGUGGCAAUAAGGUGGACCCUGUCUACGAGACCCUCCGCUUCGGCACCUCCCUGGCCCAGAGAACAAAGAAGGGCAGCUCGGGCAGUGGCUCUGACUCGCCUCACAGAACCUCUACUUCAGAUCUCGUGGAGGUUCCUGAAGAAUCUGCCGGGCCAGGAGGCGGGUAUGACUCACGAAAACGCAGCAACAGCGUGUUUACUUACCCCGAAAAUGGCACUGACGACUUCAGAGACCAAGCAAAGAACUUACACCACCAGGGAUCUCUUUCCAAAGAACCAUUACAGAUGAACACCUAUGUUGCCUUGUACAAAUUUGUACCACAGGAGAAUGAAGAUUUGGAAAUGAGGCCAGGAGACAUGAUUACUCUUCUAGAAGACACCAAUGAAGAUUGGUGGAAAGGAAAAAUUCAAGACAGGAUUGGCUUCUUCCCGGCCAACUUUGUUCAGAGAGUACAACAAAAUGAGAAGAUUUUUAGAUGUGUUAGGACCUUCCUUGGGUGUAAGGAACAGGGGCAGAUGACACUGAAAGAGAAUCAGGUGAGUACAGCAUGCACGCACACAGCAGGUAGGACUAAAACAGAGUCACGGUCACUAACAAACAUAAAUCUAAAUGAAUGCAGUCAUAUUCAAAGUAUUCACUUUGAGGAAAGGUACAGACACGCCCGUGAUAAUUGUGUAGCGUGUAGGGUCUAAACCCGCAAAACCAGAAUGUUCGCAAGUUUAGCUGGUGGGGUCUGUUCACAAAAGGAAAUACACAUAACAUCGUAGCAGCAGACUAAGGAGUCUGGUCCUGGUGCUUUUCUCUGAGGACCACUCGUCUCUGAAGUGGACCCCUGCUCCAGUCCAGUUUGGGUUUUUUGCUGGUCUCCACUAAUGCAUGGUUCGCAGUCUCUUGGGAAUACAUUGCUGUUCCCUGCUGACGCGUUGCACAGUUCAUUGCAUUUGCCUCCGGUCACGAAGACCCUUCUCAGUAAUGUCUACUUGUCCAGACUCCAAGCUCCUGCCUUUUCACUGGAAUGCAAGACACCUUCACAUGGCUGCAUAAAACAGUCAGGACGUAGGUAACCAGGGACUAGCUCACACCAGUGCCCGAAUAUCUCCCUACAUCUAAUCGAGAGGUGUCUGGUGCCAUCUUGCUCUUGUGCUAUGUUGAACUUGGAGUUCACUGUGAUACCGUUGAUUUCCUGAGAAGUAAGGCACGAACGCCUUGUACCUGUAUGUCUUCAGGCUCCUUGCUUCUCCCUCUCCCAUCUCACUUCUGGAAUGUUGACAGGCACAAAGGGAGAAGACACACACGGCUCAGCUCUUUGUCCUAACUCUGCCUUUCUUGGCCUUCUUCCAGCCGAGAGAGGGGGCUUCUUACCGCCCCUUCUUCUCUGACUCCAACUUCCUUCAUGUCAUAUCCUGUAUCCUUGCUACAGAGCAAAAUAAUACGCUAAGACCUCCAAGUUUGCUCUUGGUGUAUUUGGAGAUGAUCCGAAAAAAUCAGACCGUAGAAAUUUCUUCUAUUUCCUAAUAGAGUCUCACAAUUGACUCUAAUUUCCAAUUUUGGAAAUCAAAACCUUGCUUCUCUUUUGUCUCCAUUGUUGGUAUGGUAAUUCUAAUAUCUCCUGAGGCAAUUAAACCUCUGGUUGGAAAUGAUGAGGCCCACUCUACAAAGAAGUACAAAAAGAAAAACACGUUAAUGGCUUUAAUACUAUCCCUGUUCAAUAAUUGCCCAAAACACAUCUUGAAUGUCAUUUUUGGAAUUGCCUGAAAAGAUAGUUUCUAACUCCCAUAAAAAAAAAUCAGUCAUUACUUCGUAAUUAUAUCUGAUUUAUAAUUUUUAAAAAUUGGUUUUCCUAAUUUGAUCAGCAAUUUUAUAUGCCACACAUAGAUCGAAAUACAUGAUCAUUUUCAAACUAACAAAUACACCCUCAAGAAAUAAUGAUUUACCUUUUCUUUAUGGCUAUUUAAAAGAAAAAUAUUUAGCUCCAGCCCCCAGUUGAGAGAGAAGGAAAGAAUAAAUUAAUACAGUCCUAGACAUUGUCACAAUGAUAAUUAUUAUAAGUAUCAUGAUUAUUAUUACUUAUUAUUUAAUGAUGUCAUGCAUAUGUAUUUAUAAAGUAUAUAUACCUACAGCAUUUUACUUGCGAUCCCAAACAAAAGCUCAUAGAAGAUUUUGCCUUGCUCAAGGGGGCAAAAACCUGGUCAGUAGCCAGAAUGGAACUUAAGCAUAGAUCUGCACGUUCUAAGCCCAUAUUUUCCAUGGAGUCAUGUGCCCUGGACCAUGUGGACCAACCUCUGAACAGGACAGCACCAUUUGCAUAGUUUGGCUCCCAAGGAAAGCAAAUGUCAAAAAGGCAGGUGUCCUAGGACCACAGAGCCCCUUGAAAACAAAUUCUUGCUCAUAUGAGUGCCCUGCUGGGUCAUUCCAGGCAAUGGAAUCAUCCUUGUCAAACUGAGACCCCAUCUCUAAUCCCACACCCCCCCUUCCACAAAGCAAACACCUACUUUCCCGCUGGGUUCCAUGCCAAUGCCUCAAAUUUCUCCAAGCUCACCAAAUUAUAUCCUCCCUGGUCCAAAAGCUUGGAAAGUCUUUUGAAUGAAAUAAAUUUGAGAAGGAUUUUCAUCUUUAUUGGCAAAGUGUUAUUAAAUAAUUUUGCUAGCACGCUUGAUUUUUUUCCUCAGAAUAUUCUUGUGCUUCCCCACUUGAAAGUAAAUGUUGUUUUUGUUUUA